AUGUCCAUGGAGAGGAAACUCGAAACAUAUAGAGAGAUCAUCUCAACUCUCCCAAGACAUGAUGGUUGGAAAAACUUUCACAAUAACCUUUGUCUAUACAAUGGCUAUUGGUGUAACCCUAAAUAUGUAGAAGGAACCAUGUAUGCACAGGACCAUUACCACCCUCUUCCUAGCGAUGUCAUUGUGAGCUCUGCUCCGAAGAGUGGCACGACUUGGCUCAAAGCCUUGACGUUUUCUAUCGUGAAUCGAUGUCAUUCCAACGACGAUGAUUUCUCCGAAACAUCAUUGCUCACUAAACAGCCUCAUGACUGUGUUCCCUUCAUAGAAACAAAACUAGUCCAAAGCCAUGGUGGUGGUGAUCAACAUUUGGACAUCUUAGGCACCCACAUACCAUAUGAUACAUUACCUAAAUCUAUCAUCACUAAUGGUUGCAAGAUUGUUUACAUAUGUAGGGAACCCAAAGAUGUUUUUGUAUCUCUAUGGCACUUUGCAAGGAAGCAUACUCCAAAAGACAAAGAAGCUGUUUCAUUAGAGGAGGCCUUUGAGUUGUUUUGUCAAGGAGUUUCCAUCUAUGGGCCUUAUUGGGACCAUGUUUUAGGGUAUUGGAAGGCAAGUCUAGAGAGGCCUCAAAAUGUUUUGUUCUUGACAUAUGAAAAUGUGACUGGCGAUACAACAUUUUACGUGAAGAAGAUUGCAGAGUUCAUAGGGUACCCUUUCUCUGCAACUGAGGAAAAUGAAGGUGCGGUGGAGCGGAUUAUUAAGCUGACGAGCUUUGAUAAUUUACGGAAUUUGGAGGUUAACAAGACGGGAAGGCAUCGUCGGAACGAUCAAGAGGUUGAGAAUAGCAUAUUCUUCAGGAAAGGUGAGAUUGGAGAUUGGAAAAAUCAUUUGAGUCUUGAAAUGGCACAACGUUUGGACAAGAUAACACAAGAGAAGUUCAGUGGAUAUGGGAUUACCUUCAAUGUCUAG